AUAGCUGGCCUAGAGGUAGUGAAUCCAUUUUGACGAAGAAGCAAGGAGGCGAGAAGGAGCUGCGGGAGCGGACAUAGGCCGGAUGGUUAAAUCCAACCUACAGACGAUCCUGAAUAGCCACUGUUUUGUAAGAGAAAAGGAAAGAAACAUACCCAAAAUGCCAGUUAUCGAUCUGACCAGUAAUAUUCCCGAAAGUAAAAGUCCUUGUCGGUGUUCCCGUUCCUGUAGUAACCUGUGUCCGGGGCCUCUGUGGUGCUCCGAUGCCCCUCUCCCACCCCUGAGGAUCCCAGGUGGGCGAGGGAAUGACCAGAGGGAUCGCAAUCUUUCAGCUAAACUCUUCUACUCGGACGCUCGCUUGCUGGUUCUGGAGGAGCAGCCGCCCCCCGCCCGGGUGCGCUUCCUGCACUUCGAGCCGCGCCGGGCCGAGGGCAAGCCCUGCUCCUGGAGAGGGGCGCUGAAGGGGGGGAACCUGUACAUCGAGAUCCCCCCCGGAGCCCUGCCCGAGGGCAGCAAGGACGGGUGAGUGCUACGCCCCCCCCUCCCUCCAGCCCCCCCUCCUGGGGGGACCCUCUGUAUAUGCAGGUUUCUCAUUCCCACCACAACUGCAAUAGCAGAAUUUUAAACAAGCUGUUCAUUUUUCUUGGACGCGUUUAGUGCUCUGAGGGGUUCUUCACCCUCGGGCCACGUUAUGUCUGAGAUGGCUGUGCAUGCCAUCGUGAAGAGUGAUGUCACAUUGCGUUUGUAAACGGGUGCAAAUAAAGAGGUAAAAUUAUUAUAAAACAAAAAAAGAAAUUUUUUUUAACAACAGAUUCAAAUUAAUGGCUGCGAUGAAUCAGUAGGUUUUUAAUUGGUGAAAUGUGUGGACCACUGAGACAAUGUAAUUAAGCUGCCAGACCUGCAGUGUUACAAGGUCUAAGGAAAAGUUUAUGAAACUCAUGUAUUCAACCACCUUAAUUAAGCAAGAGAAUGUCUGUAGCAAAAGAACAGGCCAUGCACGGGGGUCGGCAGGGCUGAGAUAGAGAAUCACCAUUAUACUGUGUG